AUGGAUUCCAUAAUACCCAAUACCACUUUUCCACCCUUAGACACUGCUUAUCGAAACCUCGCAGAUUCACAUGUUUCUAGAGGAGAGUUGAACAGAAAUCGAUCCAGAAAUGAUUCAGAAACGUACUUGAAGUCAAUCAAGAAAACUUUCUCAUUUGGAGAAUGGAAUUUCGAUCGUUCCGCUAUUCAUGAAUCUUAUGCCCAAUUCGUUGCUGCUUUCACAGGGCACGAUGAGGUUGCUUUCUACGCUUCCUCUGAUAUAUCCCCAAACUCCCCAACUACAGAUAAUUCGCAAGAAUGUGGCAUCAUCCACGGUCGCUUGACAGAAGAGUCUCAAAGUGAGCAAGAUAGCCGCCCAUUGAUUUCGUGGGAAUUUAUUCAAGAUAUUCCACAAUCGAUGAAAUCUCUCGAUUUUGCUUUAUAUAUUACUAAGUCUCGUGAUGUGACAUCACCAUCCGAUAUAACACCUUUCACAAUCGUCAUCACUGUGGAGGAUUCAACCAUCAUUGAAUCUACUUUAUCAUAUGAUCCAUCUUUACUACCUGCUUCAGAUGCUCCACAUAUAUUCGACGCAGUCAUUUCCUAUUUACGACGUUCCCCAUCAAGUGAUGCGGAAGCCGUAGCAAACGAAUCGAUUCUAAACUUCCCACCACUAAUCAGGCCACCCUCUUUCGUUGAAGAUGAAAAAGUGUCGGAUCUUCAAAGCGAGAAAGUUUUGUUGCAUUCGGCUUUUGAGCGACGGGUCACUCAACAUCCAAACCGAGUUGCGUUGGAUUUCCUGCAAUCUCAAGGUUCAGAAUCGAAAACCCCCGUGCGAAGAACUUUCACCUACUCAGAACUGAAUGAGAUCACGACGAGUCUGGCUGAGUAUAUACUAGUAUCCCGAGACAAACAAGAGAGUGGUAGCUCUAAGUUUGUACCUGUCCUGCUUUCGACUUCCGCCGAACUUUAUGUUGCCUAUUUGGCGAUUUUGAAAGCAGGUUUGGCAUUUUGCCCACUUCCUAUUGAGGCACCUCCUCAGAGGCUAAAGGAUAUUCAUGAAGACUUGAUGCCUCAGAUUGUUCUAGGCUCAGAGCAAUAUCGUCAUAAGCUUUCUGCCAUUUCAUCAGAAUCUAUGAAGUGGAUCGAUAUUGAGUCUUUCAUUCACAUGAGAACCCGUGACGGCAUCACCACCCAAAAUCCUCCAUCACUACGUACGGUUGCAAGCCCCGAGGAGAACGAUGUCGCAUAUAUCAUGUAUACUUCUGGUUCAACGGGCAAGCCAAAGGGUGUACAGAUAACUCAUCUCGCAGCAGCUUGCUCGAUUGCAUCGCAUGCUAUCACUUCAAAAUUGCCACCAUCAUCGGAAGGAAUACCAAGAUGGUUUCAAUUUGCGGCUCCAACUUUCGACCCUUCGCUAAUGGAAAUCUUUGUGACAUUGUCGUCAGGAGCCACACUUUGCUCUGCUUCACGUGACCUUAUUCUGACAGAUUUCGAGGCGGUUGUAUCUGAACUACAGGCAACGGUCAUGAUGGCGACACCCAGUAUGGCAGCUCUCCUCCGUCGUUCUAAACUUACUUCGCUCAAAAGUUUGUGGACCAUGGGUGAGACUGUUCUGCGAAAAAAUAUCGAAGAUUUUGCGCGUUUACCUAGCCCGGAUCAGUCUUCUGAACUUUGCAAUGCAUAUGGUCCUACAGAAGCAGCUAUUAACUGCACAUUAAUUCCUAAUUUCCACCCUGAUGACAGAGGCUCAAUUAUUGGACCAGCUUUGCCAACAUGUUCGCUACUUGUUGUGGAUACAAGCUCAGGCUCUGUCAAACCUGUUCCCAGAGGAUUCGCUGGUGAGCUUGCUAUCGGAGGACCUCAAGUCAGCGUUGGCUAUUUGAAUCGACCAGAACAAAAUGCUAAGGCCUUUGUCGUCAGUCCUAAAUUCGGAAGACUUUAUCUCACUGGAGACAAAGCUCGGAUUGUUACUGAUCGUAGGGGUCAACAUGUUGUGGAGUUCCUUGGUCGUAUGGAUACUUCCCAGGUCAAGCUCAGCGGCAGAAGAGUUGAUCUCGGCGAGAUUGAUACAGUCGUGGCGAGUUGCGCAGGAAUAAAAGAGGCGGUAACAGUCUCUUAUAAGCGAUUCGCUAAUCAGGCUGGAAGCGAGGAAGCCGUUUGUUUCAUCAUUCUUGAUGCGGAUAACACCAAGGAAGACGUGGAAGCUAGGUGUCGUGAGAACGCAGCCAGACUUCUUCCAUCAUAUAUGUGUCCCUCAAAGUAUUUUGUCUUAUCUCAGAUGCCAAGAUCUUUGGCUGGCAAGAUUGACAGAAAAUCUCUUUCGGCCAUGACAGAGAAACUUUGGAACGAGGAAUGCUCAAAGACCACCAACUCGCUUCAGAAUGGUGAAGAUGCCAGCUCGAAUAGUAUUGGAGUGCAAGAUGAAAUCGAAAGACUGAUUUGCAACCUACUGUCGGAGCUGGUGGGAUCCACUGCGAACUUGAAUUCGAACACCAACUUGUUCUCUCUUGGUAUUGACAGUUUGAAAGCUAUUCGAUUUUUGCAAUUAGCUAGAGAUGCAAGCAUCACCGAGCUCAGUAUUGCCGAUGUACUUGGAGGUGCAACUCCCCUAAAGUUGAGAAACACCAUAGUGGAGCGCCGCAAGAAUGAUACUGGGGAGGCACCUACUCAUGAUUUUGCAGGCGCUUCUAUAUCGUUCGAUGAAUUUGAGGCGAAGCAUCGACCUAUUUGCAGCGAAAGUCUUGGUAUAUCGCCGGAAGAUAUCGCCAAGAUCUUGCCCACUACUGCUACACAGUCCGGAAUGCUGGCAAGUUUCUUGAGGAGUUCAAAGGAUAACAAGCAUUAUAUACACAACUCUGUCCAUCACAUCAACUCAUCAGUUGAUAUCUCCAGACUCAAGAAUUCCUGGAUAACCACUGUCCAACGCCAUGAAUCGUACAGGAUGGUCUUUGUAGCCAUCGAUGAUGCGUUAUCGCCAUUUGGACAAUGCGUUCUGAAAGAGUCGUCCAACUUGAGUGUACCAAACUGGAAGGUAGUAACUUGCGAAUCUGACGACCCCCAGAUUAUAGAUCAGUGCAUACAAUCAACACUACGUCAAGCUGAGAACGAAACAAUCUUGGAUAGACCACCCUAUCAAAUGACUCUUAUCCAAUCAACUACUAAAACAUUCUUCACUUUCAGUGUUUUCCACGGCAUUUUCGACGGUGCUUCUUUACAGCUUUUAUUUGAUGAAGUCGACCUCGUAUAUCGUGGAUCGGAUAUUCCCAGAAGAACUGAGAUUUCUACCGCGGUGAAUAUGCACUAUGGCUCAGAUCCUACCCAAACAAUCGAAUUCUGGACCUCUCAGUUGAAAGACUGUGACCCGGUUCCUUUCCCGCCACUCACUGGCUUGAAACCAGAAACGAUGACAAAGCUGCCAUUGACCACUUCAAUCAAAGCGUCAAUUGGUAUAGACGGCCUGCGUGAUGGUGCCAUGAAUUGCUCUACCUCACCUUUGAGCAUUCUUCAGGCGGCUUGGGCAUUGAUUCUUGCCACUUACAAGGAUUCCAUACACAGCUCAACUUUUGGUAGUGUCAUAUCUGGUCGAUUGGAUGAAGACUCGAAAGUUUGCAUGGGUCCUACAUUCACCACUGUCCCAAUCAAUAUUCCCGCUCAAUUGCUCGAGGCAAAAGCAACUAGCGUCUCUUCGAUAUUGCACGCGAUAGCCAAGAUUAAUGCAGAAUCUCUCGGUCAUCUCCAGAUACCAUUGAACUCUAUCGUCGCCCCAAAUGGAGGCUUGUACUACGAUACUCUUCUUGCAUUCCAGGACUUUUCUACUGGCACAAACCAUUCUGAAUUGUGGUCAAAGGUUGACUACCCUGCAAUGGCCAAUGAUUUUGCUGUCAUGAUUGAGAUCUGGCCUGAGGUAGACGGAUCGCUUCGUCUCCGAGCAACGUAUACAGAUGAGUUCUUGAAUAAUGAAUCUGCUACCCUGAUGUUGCAGCAAUUCAGUGAUCUGAUCAGUUUUGUCAUCCGCAAUCCUGAAAACUCUUAUAUGGAUGGUCGAUACGCUACUGCUCCAUCAAUAUACCCUCAAGUCAUGUCAACCGAAUUGACUGGGGCCGGUGCUCUUUUGCAUACCGAAUUUGAGCGGAACACAAAGAUGAAUCCUGAGGAUAUCGCACUCAUCUUCAUGAAUGACUUCACGGGUCAAGAUCCAGCAGGAAACGUGAAAUGGACAUAUGCUGAACUUGACCGCAAAGCCAACACACUUGCGUCUUAUCUUGUUGAAAGAUACGGUCCUUUGGAGAACAAAGUUGUUCCCUUUUCCAUGUACAAAUCACCAGAGCUCUAUGUGGCUAUUCUUGGUAUUCUGAAAGCUGGUGGCGCCUGGUGUCCAAUUGAUCCCACGUUUCCCGCAUCUCGCAGACACGACUUGAUUGUCAGAACAGAUGCCAACAUGCUUUUGGUGGCAAACGAUACUGUGAGUCAAGAUGCUCAAGCCAUUCCCCAAGGUGUUGUCUUGAUCGAUAUUUCAGAGAACAAUGCCACAAAUUCUACCUUUAGCUAUGAUGAAACCAAACCGUCAAGUUUGCCCAUCAUCAGAAGUAACUCGAUGGCAUACUUGAUCUGGACCAGUGGAACAACAGGUCUGCCUAAAGGUGUACAAGUGCAGCAUAGCGCCGCAGCCACAGCUAUGCAAUCUUUGAAAGAAAGCAUACCUGUAAGCCGCUCUGGCGCAGUUCGCUGUCUCCAAUUCUCACAACCAACAUUCGACGUCUUUGUGCAAGAUCUCUUCUACACCUGGGGUUUGCGUGGAACUGUCAUCGCAGCACCCAAAGAUGUAAUGCUUGGCUCUUUCCCGGAUCUCGCCAACGCAACCAAUGCGACACAUGCCCAUCUCACUCCUGCUUUUGCAACAAUCGUAUCUCGCGCGCAUUGUCAGACCCUCGAGGUCGUGACAAUGAUUGGAGAAGCCUUGCCUCAACCUGUCGCAGAUGAUUGGUCACAGAAUAUGCUCGCGUAUAAUACUUAUGGUCCUGCUGAAGUUAGUGUUGUAUCUACAGUCAAACAAUUCGGCGGUUUCGAAAAUUCAUUCAAGAGCACAAAUGUCGGAUUACCAUUACCUUCUGUGGGCGUCUUUGUGCUCAACAACGAGCGAGUCGUGAUGAGACAUGGUGUGGGUGAACUGGCUCUGUCGGGUCCACAGGUAGCUCGAGGCUAUUGGAAAGAUCUAUCCAAGGCGGAAGAGAAGUUCCAUUGGAAUGAGAGUUGUGGAGCCCAUAUAUACAUGACCGGAGACAUAGUCCGUCAACUUCACGAUGGUAGUCUAGAGUUCGUGGGUCGAAGUGAUGACUUGGUGAAGAUCAACGGGAUGCGAGUAGAGUUGAGCGAGAUCAGUUUUGCGCUCAGCCAUUGCCAUCCCGAUACGGAACAAGCGGUUACCAUGCUCAUGGCCCGACCAGAUCGUCCGACAAAGGUCUUGGUGACCUUCUUGUCAGUCCCAAGUAUUCCUGCUCAAGAUUUACUAAUUACCAAUAAACGCGCAGUCGAGGUUGCCAAAGCCGCCAUAGCUGCAUCGAAAGCAAAUCUCCCAGAGCAUAUGAUUCCUAGCGUUUUCGUAGUGCUAAAUCGCAUCCCAGUAACCGCAUCUGCGAAGAUCGACCGUAAAGCACUAUCUUGUGCUUACGAAGCUUUAGACCUCGAGGCAUGGGAAAGUAACUUCACAUCUACCCAGGACUCAGCUUGGACAGAAGAGGAAGAACGACUCCUCGAGCAUUUCGCCACAUUUUUAGGAACUGAGAGCAAGACUUUCCGAUCAAACAGUCGACUUGCAACCUUAGGUUUUGAUUCAAUCGCUGCAGUGCGCUUCACGGCAAGAUUGAAAACUGCCGGUUACAAGGUUUCAGCUGCGCAUAUGCUGCACUGUCAAACCAUCGCGGAACUCUGCAACCUCUUCAAUAAUCCCGCUUCCAACUCUACUUGUCUUGAUUCCUCCUCUAGACUAAUCGAGGUGUUCCACUGCGAAUGGUUCCCCAAGGUUGCAGAAAUAUCUUCAAUUGGCGAUAAAGCAUUUUCCGUCUGUCCGACCUUGCCACUGCAGGAAAAUCUUCUCAGUGAAACUUUCCGUAACUACGAGUACUAUUGGAGUAACCACUUCUUUAAUCUCUCUGACAACAUCGAUCUCGAGCUUUUGAAAGCUGCUUGGUUUAAGGUGGCUCAGAAUAACGAAGCUCUUCGUAUUGGAUUCUUGCCAACGGCUUUGGUGUCUGCAAAGGCAAAUUCUGGUUUUGGUGCAUCGACGUUCCUUCAAUUGAUUUACCAGAAGCCAUCGGUAGACUGGUCUGUUGUGAAAGUUCCAAACGAGGAUUUCUCAACAACUGCAAAAACUCAUGCACAACAAAUCGCUCGCAAGCAUCAGACUAGUGCAUUCAUCAACUCCCCAUGGGCCGUCGUCGUAUUUGAACGCAAUGAUGUUAGAACAAUGAUGUUUUCCAUUCACCACACUAUUCAUGAUGGACCUUCCUUGAAGUUCAUCAUCGAUGAUCUUCACGCUGCAUACACCUCUCAGGAAAACCUCAGCCCACGCCAUCAAAUCCGAGAAGCUAUUGCACUUUCCUUCAUGCAAAGAACCAGUCCACAAGAAGACAUGGCCUUCUGGAAAAAUACGCUCAAAGACUUUGUUAGCGAAGCAGACGACAGCGUAGAAAAACUGGCCCCAGAAAAUAAAUCUCGAACCUAUAAUACGGUAUCCAUUCCUCUUUCUGUUCCAAUCUCCAAAUUGCAAACUACAGCUCAAGAAUUCCACUGCUCGUCUGCAAAUUCCAUCCUUCGCGCCGCCUGGGCAUGCAUGGUAUCCGAUUUCCUCGAAACGGACCAGAAAAUUGUAAUUGGUGAAGUGUUGUCCGAACGUCUGGCUUCGUCUUCACUAGAAGAUAUCAUCGGUCCUCUUGUAUCUUUAACUCCAGUCCCCAUUUUCACAUCCGGCACCGCGAGAGAAAUAGUCAGCAAACACGAUUCCAUGAAUGUUGCCGCCUACAACCACCGCGAUGCCAGUCCAGGUAUGCUUCGCAAGCUCAUCGGACGACCCAAAUUCCAGCCGCUAUAUCCCGCCGUCUUUGUGUUCCAUCCACGCAAUACCGAAAGCGAACAUAAACAUGAGCUCUGGAAUGAGAUCGAAGAUUUCCUAGGUUUGAACGUCGAACAUGAUCUCACACUCAAUGUAGAGGAAAAUGCAAACGGCGGCUUCGAUCUCGUCGUCUCGGUCGAAGCAGGCGUAUUGGAUAUCCCCGGGGUGGAAGUUCUGUCCAAGCAAUUGGAUGCUUUGAUCGCAGCCAUGAUUUCCCAUCCCGAUACUUCUAUCCAAGAACUCACCAACUUUUUCCCCACCGAGUUAAUCGCUGUCUCCAAAUACCGCGAAAUGAAUCUCCAUCCCGUCGUCGACCUGAAUAAUCCUCUCUGCUGGUUCGAGCACUGGGCCGAAACACACCCUGAUUGGGCCGCCGCCGAGAUCGCAGAAUCAAUUGGUCGAGAUUCAAGUAUCAUCCACACAUGGAGCUACGCAAAAUUGGAUCAAGAAGCUAACCGCGUAGCGACAUUCAUCGCAUCAUAUGGAAUUCACGGCCGCAUGAUCGGUAUGUGUCUAGGACGCACACUGACAGCGUUUGCCGUCACAGUCGGAAUCUACAAGUCUGGAAACACGUAUCUACCAAUCGAUGAAUCGUUGCCGAUUGAGCGAAAAACAUUCUUGUUGAAAGAUAGUAAUUCCGCUAUAUUCUUCUCCGAGGAAACCGUCGAUUUUGUCCCUGAAGGAUGUCUCCUCGUGAACGUCAAUCGCGAUCAAUACCAAUCCGACAGGGAUGUCGCUCUGAAAGUUAAAAAGAGCAAAGACGCAGUCGCUUAUCUUCUCUAUACUUCCGGCUCGACAGGUAACCCCAAGGGAGUCCUCAUCAGCUGCGGCAAUCUCACAUCUUUCUGCGAAGCCCAAUCUGAAUUCAUAUGCGAGUAUGUCCCUGCGACUCGGGUACUCGGCGGCGUUGGAAGAUUCCUCGGACUAGCGAGCAGAGCCUUUGAUGUACAUGUGGCUGAAAUGUUCCUCGCCUGGCGACACGGUCUCUCAUGCAUCACGGGGGUUAAAUCUAUGUUGCUGGAUGAUUUACCUAUGGCGUUACAAGAGUUAAAAAUUACACAUGCGGGCUUUGUGCCGUCGCUCUUGGAUCAGUGUGGUUUGAUACCGAGUGAUGUUCCUCUGUUGAGGUAUCUGGGUGUGGGUGGUGAGAAGAUUUCUCAACGAACACUUGAAACAUGGGGUGAUUCGGAGAGCGUUACAUUGAUCAAUGCGUAUGGUCCUACCGAAGCCACAAUUGGUUGUGCCUCGUCUCCAAUUGUGAAUUCAAAGGUCAAUAUGAGAAAUGUGGGUCGUCCUCUAGGAGACACUGUUGCCCAUGUACUCAUUCCUGGUACUCUCACUUACGCCAAGCGAGGAGUAGAAGGUGAACUUUGUCUAACAGGAAGUCUUGUCGGUAUUGGUUAUCACAACCGUGAUACUGUCGCUUUUGUCGAGAAUUUCCACGGCGGCAAAAUGUAUCGCACAGGAGAUCUCGUCAGAUUGAUGCCCGACGAUACGAUUGAGAUUUUCGGUCGCUCAGAUGAUCAAACUAAGAUUCGUGGUCAGCGUCUUGAAUUGGGUGAGGUUUCCGAAGCAGUACGCGCGUUGCUACCAGCUGGAAGUAACGUAUCCUCUCUUAUUACGAAACAUCCAGAGCUUUCCAGAAUGCAACUGAUUUCAUUCGUUGCGAGCAAUGCUAAGGCUGCGGGAAUUGAUGAGAAGGUUGAGAUGUUAGAUACUUUCGAGCAAAUCAACGUCAGUAUUCGGGCUGGCUGUAGAGAAAGACUUCCAGGAUACAUGGUUCCGGAUGUGGUUAUCCCAAUCAGCUUCUUGCCUCUUGCUCCCAUGUCUGGAAAGGCAGAUGUGAAGCAACUCAAAGCUCUCUUUGCUUCGAUACCGCUAAGUCACUUGUUAUCUGCUGAGAAAGGACAAUCGACUGGUAACAGAACUGUUACGGUACGCGAAUUGGACGAACAAGAACUUGCUGUUGUUGAGAUACUUAAAAGUGUGGUUCCAGCUACCUCUGCAGAAUUCACUCCCUCAACCAACAUAUUCGAGGUUGGGGUCGAUAGUUUGGUAGCCAUCAGUCUUUCGACCCUGAUGAGAAAGGCUGGAUACACAUGCAGUGUUGCCGAUGUUCUUAGCAUCAGCACGGUGGAAGAAUUAGCAUUAUUACCACGUGCAGAUAUUACACCCGAACAGGCCGCUAGAAACAGAGAAAAUGCUCUGAAGAAAAUUGCUCGUGUCGAAGCUGCCUUCCGGGAGAGUCCUUUAGGUAAAAAUUUCGGGAUGAACGUUGAAAGCGCCCGACCUUGUUUACCCGUCCAAGAAGCUGUUGUAGCUCGAUCAUUGAACAAGGAAGCCGGUGCUCUAUAUGUUAAUCAUAUUACAUUUGAGUUAUCUUCUGACAUCAAUAUUUCGAAACUCUCCCAGGCUUGGAAAGCCUGUGCAACCGUCAACGAAAUUUUGAGGACUUGUUUCUGCCAAAUCAACGAUGAUAUCUUGCAAGCUGUACUCAAGAAUGAGUCCUUCGAUAUGCCAUGGGCAGAACACGUCUACUCUAAAUCCAGCAGACAUUGCACUCCGGACAAGAUGCAAGAAGCAAUUUCUCUAGAUAUCAUGCAAAAUAUCGAAAACACACCACCAAUCCGACUCAACAUCUUCACAGAAGGAAGUUCAAAAUCCAUCCUUUUGAUGUCCAUGCAUCACGCCCUCUACGAUGCCGAGUCCCUGGCAGUCCUAAUGCAAGAUAUUCUAAUGCGGUAUCAAGAUAUCCCAACCCCUGAGCGACCUUCUGCAGGCGCACUAGUGGAAUACGUCGCUUCGCAAGACGAGCUUGCCGCGAAGAAGUUCUGGGUCAAUAAAUUGGGAGAUUACAGCCCUUCACCCUUUCUCAAUGAAGUCAUCAACGAAGAAGAAAAAACCGAAGCUCAAGUAUCCACACGCAUUUUAAAGACCAAUUUGAACGCCCUCGAAGCUUUUGCUUCCAAAUUGCACGUCACUCUUCCGUCAUUAACACAAGCGAUCUUUGGUCUUGCAAUGGCAAAAUUACUUUCGAUUAAUGAUUUCGUAUUUGGUCUUGUGCUUUCCGGACGUACGGUUACUAUUCCCAAUAUCGAGAAAAUCCUUGCUCCAACCAUUACGACUGUGCCACAACGAAUUGAUCUCCGCAAGAGCGACGCUACGAUUUUGGAUAUCUUGACCGCGCUCCAGAAAUCUUCAGGUCAAAUGCUGCAGUUUCAACAUAGCUCUCCGAGAUCUAUUCACAAAUGGGUGGAAGCCGAUCGUCCGCUCUUCAACUGUCUCUUUUCGUUCAUGAAAACGGGAGAAGAAGAAUCGGAUAAUGGAUUGUGGAAAUUACUCGAUAGUCAUAUGCCUCCUGAUUAUCCCUUCGCGGUGGAAUUCGAAGCCAGACAUCCAUCAAAUGACCUAGUGAUCCGCGCGGGAUACACUCCAGAGUUUGGCUCUGCGUCUAAAGUCGACAAUCUCCUCGAAAUGAUCGAGUUGCUCAUCGAUACCAUCUCCAAAAAUGACAAUAUCUCCAUCAAAAGUCUCGGUAUCCAAUCCAAUCACAGCAUCUCAUCAUCCUCCGAAAUCUUCGAUGAUGGCGAAGAAUUACCCGAAGAGCAAACUAUCAAGACCGUCUUACUUGGCCUCGGCGAUUUUGCAUCCGAAGACGUAUCUCGCACCAGCACGUUUUUCCGUCUCGGCAUCGACUCCGUCAUUGCUAUUCGUUUCGCCAAGGAACUCCGCAACAUCGGCCUCCCAGUUUCAUCUUCGGAUAUCGGGAGACACCCCAGCAUUGCAGCUUUAGCGCGCGCUGUUUCGAGCAAGAGCAAGCUCCAAUCGACUGCUGAACCUGCUGUGGCCAAAACGACAAAUUUGCUGCAUCAACAUAAAGCGAGUAUUCCUCUGUUGGCGGAAGAUGAUAAGAUUACUGAUAUCUAUCCUUCUACCCCUCUGCAAACCGGUAUCUUGACCCAAACUGUCGCCACGGGUGGAAAACUUUAUCUGCAUCAUCCUGCCGUCAAGCUCUCUCCAAAUAUCGAUAUCGCGCGUCUAAAGAAAGCAUGGACAUCGGUAAUCGAAGCGCACGAUAUCCUGCGCACCACGUUCCACUAUUUCGAAGGAGCGACUCAUCCAUGGCUAGCCGCCGUGCACGCAAAACCCGCCAUUCAAUGGAUAGAAGAACAAGCAUCUGGAUGGAUCGACCAAAGCAUCGAAAAGAUCAUCGAAACAACCCGUUUCCCCACUCCCGAGUCUUUCUCGCUGACUCCUCUCAAAAUCACAAUUCUCCACUCGUCGUUUAUGAAAGUCCUCGUCGUGUCAAUUCAUCACAGUCUCUAUGAUGGGUUUUCCCUCCCUCUCAUUUUCGAUUCCUUGUCAUCAGCUUACUCGCAUGGAAUUUCGAAACCUGUAACUCCUUUCUCCGAAGCCGCAAAACUUAUUACAGAGCGUCAAGGUAAAAGCGUCGAGUUCUGGCUCAACAGAUUGGAUAAGUACCAGAGUAUCGCCCUCCCAUCUUCAACAGUUCCUGCAGAUACUACCUCCCUGGCGCAGACGACCAUCCAAAUGCCCGUUUCGGAAAUCCUUCGCCGCUGCCAAGAAAUGAAUAUCAAUCUGCAAUCCGCGGCUCUGCUCGCAUACGCCAAAACCCUCUUCUGUUUUGUCAAGCGUCGUGAUAUCGUAUUCGGACAUGUCGUUUCGGGUCGUUCGUUACCUCUUCCAGAGGUAGAACACAUCCUCGGUCCGCUCUUUAACACUGUUCCUUUCCGAGUUGUGCUGGAUAAUCCGGUACUGGGAAACCAGGAUUACGCGAGUCAGAUCCAAGAUGUGGUUAUUCAGGGACAGGAAAAUCAACAUGCUUCCUUGUCUACGAUCCAGAAGCUUUGGAGACGGAAAAAUAUUUUCACGGAUGCGCCGUUGUUGGAUGCGUUGUUUGUGUUCCAGAAGGUGGGAAAAACAGAUGGGCAGAAAGAAAAACUUUGGAGUGUGAUGGAUGGGGGCGAGAGUCGCGAUGCGACGGAGUACGGGUUGAAUGUGGAGAUUGAACAAGGAGAGGAUGAGGUGAUUGUUAGUGCUGGAUCUCCUGCUGGACGCAUCAACACCGAAGAUCUGAAUCUGAUUUGCAAAACUUUUGAUGAGGUUUUGAGAGAUAUUCUUGAGAAUCCGCAGAGAAGUGUUGUUGCUCAUCCGAAGCAGUUACAAGAUUUACCACUUGAGAGAAUACCCCAGAGCAAGGUUGAAAAUGUGGAAGAUCAUCGUGAUGUAGCGGAUGCGCCGAUGCUGGAGGUUGUUCGUGCAGCUCUUGCGGAGGUGGCUAAUUUACCUACGGACUCCGUGACGUUGCAGACGAGCAUCUUUUCCUUGGGCGUCGAUUCCAUUGCUGCAAUCCGUGUCGCGUCUAUCUGUCGCAGACGCGAUGUAUCGAUUAGCGUUGCCGAUAUCCUCCAAGGAAAUUCUCUCGGUGGGAUCGUCCGGAUUCUCGUCGCAAGAUCAAAGGUCAAUACCCCACCACAAGAUGCGACGACAGAGUUUCUAUCCCCUGAAGCCAAAGCAAGUGCACUUUCGCUACUCAAAUACCCCAAAGAUACCGUGCAGGAAAUUUUACCGGCGAUGGCGGGGCAAGAAUACCAUUUGGCGAGUUGGCUCAAAUGCGGAAGAACUUUCUACGAACCCACUUGGGCCUUCCAGGCUCGCGAGAAGAUUGAGACAGUUCGUUUGAGAACUGUGUGGAGGAAUUUGCAAUUGCGACAUCCGAUUUUGAGAACGGUGUUUACUGCUCCCACACCCGAAUCUGCGUAUCAGAUUGUUCUGAAACCGGAGGUCAUCACCGAUGGAACUUUCACUGUUAUACCCGCUCAAUCAACAGAUGAAGAUUUAAUCUCAGCUGUCCAGCGUCAAGUCCACCACUGGGCUCAACGACCCUCUACACUUUUCACUCCCCCCAUCAGUCUCUGUGUAGUGCAGACCGCAACAACAGAUGCCGUAUUAUUCCGCAUCCAUCAUUCUCUCUACGACGCAUGGAGCAUGAUCGCACUCAUCAAAGAAGUCUGCACUCUCUACACCCAACCCUCAUCCAUCUUACCCCCCACACCCGACUUCAUCUCCUACGUCAAAUACACGCAUUCCUCGCUCUCCUCCCCCUCCUCCCUCCUCGCACAAAAAUCCUACUGGAAAUCCUCACUCCGCUCCGCCCAACCCACCAUCCUCAGCCCAUCUACCGAGCCAGAAAACAACAAAGAAACCCACCACCAAAACCAAGACCAAGACCAAACCCAAACCCAAAACACAACCCAAACCUUCCUCCUCCUCCAAAACUCCAUCCCCCACCUCCACACCCUCCAAACUCUCGCGCGCACCCACAACACCAGCAUCAACACCAUCCUCAUGUUAGCAUUUGCACGCGCCCUCUCCCACCUGACCCACACCACGCACCCCACCUUCGGCUUCUUCCAAGUCGGCCGCGCGAGUUCCUUCCACGGCGCAGAAACCGUGCUCGCGCCCACCGUCAAUCUCCUCCCCGUCUCGAUCCCCGUCUCCGGACGCGCGGAACGUGAUCUGCUGCUGGCGAUUCAACAAGAUAUGAGUCAGCGGGUCGCGUGGGAACAGAGUUCUCUGCGAGAUGUAGUGACGUGGGCGAUGGAGGAGUCGCAGGGACAGCCACGACCGUUGUUCAACGCAAGUCUUAAUUUGUUAUUCCAUGCCCCGGGCAGAAAUGCUCCUCCUUCUUCUUCUUCCACCCCAACAAACCAAGCCCCCGAACUCCUCACCCCCCUCCCCAUCGGGGUCCCCACGAAUUUCGCACCGAAGCGAAAAAUUAAAGGGGAGACCGCCGUGCAGCGAAUCGAAACGGGGUAUUUGGCGACGCAAAAUGUGUUUGUGGAUGUGGGCGAGGGCGAAAAUGAUUGUAUAGAUUUUGGAGUCAAAGCCGAUGCGGUUCUGAUGGAUGAAGCGGAGAUUAAAAGAUUUGUGGAGGGCAUAGCGAGGGAGGUGGAGGGGAUUAGGAUGGCUUUGGGGAGUGUGGAGGAAUGA